AUGCGUUCCCCUUUCUUGUUGGCUCUGGCAGCCACUUCCACCCUUGCAGUGCAAGUGACAACAGUAUACAACUUUACCAGCGGUGACGUGGACAUUGAGAACAGCGAGCUACGACCUAAUGGCCAUCUCCUCCUUACCACAUUCUACGAGGGUCAUCUUUACACUCUCGAUCCUCAUGCGGAGAAUCCAAAACCUGAGCUAGUCGCUGCGCUGCCUGGCGCCACUGCUCUUUGCGGCAUCACUUCGAUCGCUUACGAGAAGUAUGCAGUGGUUGGUGGUGUCCGAGGAACGUACCACUAUGACAACGAGACAGUCUACACGGUAGACUUUAGUCAAGAUGCUACGAACCCGGUUAUCGAAAAAGUAGCGCAUCUCCCUACUGCCAUUAUGUUGAAUGGAAUGGCUGCGGUGCCGAAGAACCCACACAUCGUGUUAAUCGGCGAUGCGAUCCGGGGUCUGCUAUUCCGGGUUGACACAACAACCGGUGCAUCGAAGGUUGCGAUUCAAGAUCCACAACUAAACGCAACGUCCACCAGCUCACUUCCUAUCGGUGUUAAUGGGCUGAAGGUUGUCGGGAACUAUGUGCAUUUCACCAAUAGCGCCCGCAAUACCUUUGGCAGAAUCCCUGUUAGUGAUGACGGAGAGACGUUUGGAGAGGUGGAGAUUAUUGCGAAUUUGAAUAGCACGGCGAAUGAUUGGGACGAUUUUAUUAUUGAUUCGAAUGGAAUUGCAUAUGUUGCGCAGCCGGUUUAUGGUAUUGCGAGGAUCUUGCCGGAUGGAAGUCAUAGUGUUUAUGUUGGUGGAGAUGGAAGUGGGAUUGAGGGGCCUUCGUCUAUUCAGAUUGCAUCGGAUGGGUAUGCAUAUGUGACGCAGGGUGGAGGGUCGGUGGUUAAGUUUCGACUUCCUCAGAACACGACCUUGCCUGAGGGUGAAUUUUGA